AUGCAGCACAUUUACAACAUGGCGGAUAAUGUGAAAGUUAACGUGGCGAAAAGUUGCGGGAUUAUCAUAAUCGGAGACGAGAUUUUGAAAGGGCACACUCAAGACAGCAACUCUUCAUUCCUUGCCAAGAAGCUUUGGUGUCUAGGAAUUAAAGUUCCCAAAAUUUCCGUGAUAUCAGACCACGAGUUUGAGAUAAUCAAAGAAAUAGAAGAGUUCUCGAAGAAAUACGAUUUUGUGAUAACUACCGGUGGCAUUGGCCCUACGCAUGAUGACGUGACUAUUUCAGGCAUUGCAAAAGCGUUUGGAGAAAGCCUCGUCCCAAAUGAAGAGCUAGCAGAGGUUAUUGCGAAGAUCUACCGAGUUGAGAGAUCGUCCCUGAAUUCCGCUCAUCUAAAAAUGUGCCAUCUCCCACCCUCUGCUAAACUCCACUAUGAUAAAGACCGGCUGAAGCACCCCUUUCCAAUACUAUCCAUCAAAAACGUUUUUGUGCUUCCUGGAAUCCCGGAAGUUGUCCAAAAAGACUUUCCGAUUAUUGGAAACCUACUAUUACACCCUGAUUCAAGCAAAUUUUAUCUGUGCACAAUAUUUCUAUCUUCUGAUGGGGCUGAGGUAGCUCAUAUUUUAGACAAUGUUGUCCAACGAUUCAAGGAAAGUGUUUCUAUAGGGUCAUACCCAGAGUGUACAAAUGCCGGCUGGCAUGUCAAGCUAACUGUAGAAUCAGAGUCACAGGCAAAGCUGCAUGACGCUUGUCAGUAUCUCUUGACACAGAUGCCCCCAGCCUGUGUACAGAAAGUUGAGGGGCUGAAUAAUCAUGGAGGAACAACCAGUGAGGAUGAUGCACCACCAUGCCCUGAUGUAUCACCUGUCUAUCCUCUGUUAGCCCCAACAGAUACCUCUAGCCUUGGUGCCUGCUUGAAGGGGGCAUGGGCUGUGAUACAGGAAUCUCUCAAGCUGUUCAGGCUAGACGAGCUGUGUAUUAGUUUCAAUGGAGGGAAAGACUGUACUGUUUUGCUCUAUAUUAUGUAUGCUGCCGUAGCACAAAGCAUGGCUGAGGUACCAAAGAUCAAUGCAUUAUAUGUCCGUCAUGACUCACCAUUCAAAGAAGCUGAGAAUUUUGUAGAGGAAACAACAAGAUUGUACAAUCUUAAUCUUAUUUGUAUGAGUGGAAAAAUCAAGCCAGCUUUGGAAGAACUUAAAAAAUCUCACCCCAACAUUAAGGCCAUACUAAUGGGUACUCGUCGGCAUGACCCAUUUACUGAGAAGCUCCACACAUUUUCCUGGACAGACCAAGGAUGGCCUGAGUACUUGAGGAUCAACCCAAUCCUGGACUGGAAUCACCAGGAUGUCUGGUCCAUACUCUUGCACUGCAAGGUUCCUUACUGCACUCUCUACGACAAUGGGUAUACAUCUCUGGGGAGCUCCCAUAACACAAGGCCCAACCCUGUGCUUCGAGUUAACUCAAAUGAGUACAAACCAGCAUAUUUAUUGGAGGAUGACCAACUAGAGAGAGCAGGUCGCACAUAAUAUAGAUUUGUUUGCUGUGCUGAAGUAGUGGGAUAUGGUUCAAACUUGAAAUGUAUCAGUGGUAAUGAUGCAAGCAGCUAGUGAAUGAUAAAUUCCUCAUGUUACACCUUUUAGCAACUUACCUAUUUCUUACCUCAGGAAUAGUCUUAAACCAGAAAUGUAGUGAUAAUUCUAACUUCUAAAUAAUAAUAAUAAAACAUAAAUUGCUGUACAGUA